AUGUGUAUCCGGAUAUCUAUCCUAUCCUUACUGUAUGAUAUUGUCAAAUCCGAGUUGGAUUUGCUGUUUGUUGCACCUCUGAGUGCAGGGGUAAAACAAAGGAAUAGCGGCCUUGAUGCUUGGGCGUCUACUCAGUUGCAGGCGGCGGACUUGGGAACUGCUUCUCGUUUGAGAUAUAUAUAUAUAUUUCAGGCAGUCAAUUGGUUCAAGGGAACCUCUAGACCAAACCGUGGUUUUAGCACAUGCAAAGGCUUCCUACGGUUGCCGAUUUCCCCCGAAACCUGGGAACCACUGAGCCUCACAACUCAGUUGAGGGAAUGGAGGCCGGAGAUCAAUUCCGAGGUUUUCAAUGCCAGCCUCACGUGCGUCAGCAAGAAAGAUCCAUAUCUGGAACUGGAGCGAAUCUCAGGUGCAGCAGAGGUCCUGCGGCAUCCAAAGGUUGAACUUCGGUUCUUUGAGCACGCAGUGCAUGCUGAGUGGGAGCCCUUCCUCAAAGGGGAAGAGGUGGAGGGAGACUUGGUCCUUCCAGCCGCUGACAACAGUAGCUUGCCUGAAUGCGAUUCUGAGGUGGCAAGCUCGUUGGUUCUUGUCGCACGUGGGGAGUGUUUCUUUUCAGAAAAAGCUCGCAUGGCCCAAGAAGCGAACGCCUCAGGGGUUCUCUUGUAUGACAACCAGGCCGAGACCACUUUGCCAAUUGUGGCGAUGCCCAGGGAUGGCAGCAUUCCCCACAUUCCGAUGUUCAUGGUGACCAAGGUGCAGGGUGAAGCACUUCUCCAGCGCCUUGAAAGAGAGUCUAUCCGCAUCAAGAUGCAGUGGCAGGCUGUCCGGGCAUACACACUUCCCGGCAGAUCAACCAGGGUUGGGUUGAAUGUGUCAAAUCACGGGGAUGCCAACCUGCACUGGACAGCAAGACCAAGCCUUUCCUUUGGCUCCCAUAGUUUCUAUGAAUCUUACUUCCCGGAAAGUGACAAUGGAUUGUCAGAGCCGCAGUUCUCCUGGACAUCGCCAGGCAAAGAGUUGAGUUUCUUCUCAUCGCACCACGCAAGUGACGAGAGCCUUCUGCAACCAUUGCCAUUCAACUUUUCCUUCUUUGGGCAGAUGUUUGAUGAGGUGUGGAUCAGCUCCAAGGGCUUUUUGGCUUUCGACGGUGAGGUCAACGCUUCGAGAAUAGCCUUGCCUUUCAGGGCAGAAACUGCCAAACCCAAUGGGAUCGUGGCAGGCUUCGGAUGGAAUUUGCUGUGCAGAACAUGCAAGAUCUCCUCAUCUGUGACUGCAGAUGAAGCUGAUAGGGGCGAUGCGUGCUUUGUGGUGCAGUAUGCCAAUCUAUCCUUCGAUUCAACCGCUCAGAAUGGUGCUGGAGACCAGAUUUCUUUUGAGAUCCGGCUUUGCAAAGAUGGUCAAAUCAGCUUUAUGUACGCACAGUUUCCCGAGCCUCACACUCUAUAUAUGGAUGCCUUUAUCGGCUUGGAAACCAUUGAUGGCGCUGCUUCCGUGAAUUUGCGCUCGCAGUUGCCUUUUUCUGUCCAGAGGCCUUUUGCUGUGACCUUGGAGCCCUGGCUCCGUGCAGCAAGUGCUACCCAGGGGGUUCUGCAAAAGAACGAAACGGUGAAGCUGGUCUACGAUGUCAGGAGCAACAUUGGACACAGUGGCUUGGUCCACGUCAAAGCUCAAGAUGAUAGCGGCUUAUGGAGAAGUCAACAGGAUGUGCGGAUUGUUCAGGAUCGUUUUCACUUCACAGUGGCCGGAGGUGACUGGGGCGUUUGUUUGGUCGAAGAUUGUGGCAACCUUGGCGCUGGAGUCAGGAGAAGACCACUGCGAUGCGCUGGGAUGGAUGGACGAUCCUACGACUGGGACACCUUCUGCAGAAACCCUUUGGCGUCAUGCUCUGAUUUGAAGUCAGAAUGGAGGGACAAAGAUGGAGCACGUUGCCAAGAAUACGAGGAAAAGAGCUGGUGUAACGCAGAUGGCUCAUACGGUUCAGGUUGGAGGUCAUCUUGGGGAGCCUUCAGUGACUACAGCUUUGGAGGCGCUGAUGUUUCCACCAUUUGUUGUGCGUGUGGAGGAGGUGUGCGUAGCCCACCGCCAGCUACUGUCACAGGCUGCAACCAAAAUCUUGCUGCAAUAGAUAUGGAUUGCGAUGGCACAAUUGAUUGCAGUGAUGCUUGCCCUCUUGAUCCCCAGCCUCAGUGCACAACUAUGACAACUAGCACUGCACCUCCGGAAGGAGCCACGUCUGAAGAAGUCACCACCUCGAUCACCGGCUUGACAAAUUUCUCCAGCAGGCUCACAACGAGCACGGCUCCACCAAGCACGGUCACCUUGGCUGCAUUGCAGGCUGAAGCAACACUUCCCUGCUGGGCCUUCGCUCCCACAACUGGCAUCGCAACGACCAGCUGCCCUGGUUGCGUGGUGAUGUUGGGCACGACUUUGGAUCGGAAUGUAUCUGAUGAAUCCUCAGUGAUUGACACCGCCGGGUGCCAAGGUGUCGCCUGCAGCUGGGUCUUGCUUGCUAUGGUGUGUGUAUGGUUCGGUGUGGCAAAGUGA